AGAGAGAGAGCCAGCAGUCUGGACUUCCCCUCUCCCACUCCGGCCUCUUUUAUCACCGGAGUGAGACUGGAUUCUAUCAGUGUGUCCUUCAGUGUGAUUUAAACUCGUCCUGCUCGAUGGAUCAAGUUGUUUCAAUAGUUACGAUUUUUUGUUUUACUUUACGCACACUUCGGAGGAGAAAGGCAACAUGAGAACACUCUUGUUGGCAUUGUUUUCUUAACAGUAAGCUGAAACGGGAAGUGUGAAACUUGCAACUCGGUAAUUAUUUCUCAUUCUGAGUCAAUUAUUACACCUGGCGACCCUGAGGACGAGUUGUGCCAAAAUGUUUCCACAGUGUCCAUGGCGGCGCGCAUGUGCCUCGGUGUCCAAGAUGUGGACUGUGACUGUGACACUCCAACAUUUCACUGGAUUAUAACCGGGGGAAGUAGCUUCAACUGGAGUCAUACUUUUAAAUCUUCAUAUUCAAGAAAAUCAAAGACGAUAAAAGCGCGCAGGUACACUUUUUGGAACACCACAUCUCCUUCAUGUUUCCUCCACGGAUCCUCGUGCUGCUGCUGCUGCUGGGCUGGCCUCUCGGGGCGGUUCGGGUCCGGAAGAAAGCCACCAGGAACCGGUCUUGCCUGGACCUCCCGGAGGAGAUCCUGGAGCAGAUGUUCGGGCGACUCUCUGUUGGAGUGAUGAGCGCUUUCCACCACGCGCUGGAGCUCGAGCCGCAGGAAAAACUCAACCUCACGUGCCCGGCCGCAGCAGCACGCACUCCCGCCGACCGCAAGACCCGCCUCCCGGUGAACCUGCUCAGCAUCUCCCCCUGGGCCUACCGGCUCUCCUACGACCCAGCCCGGUACCCCCGCUACAUCCCGGAGGCGUACUGCCUGUGCACGGGCUGCCUGUUCGGGCCCUACGGGAAGGAGAGCUCGCGCUACCGGAGCACCCCGGUGUACGCACCCUCCGUCAUCCUGCGGAGAGCCGGGUCCUGUUUGGGGGGGAGACACUCCUACACCGAAGUGUACGUCUCCAUCGCGGUGGGCUGCACCUGCGUCCCCCUGCAGGAGAAGGAGAGGGAGGGGGCGGGCAACCAGAGCCUGAAGAGAGCCGAGAGCAAGGCCAGAGAGGGGGGGUCCAAGGGGAGGAAGGUGUGAGGGAGCAGACUGUGGGACUCUGGAUGAGUUUUGUACAACUGAUCCACUUUCUUUGGGUCAUCAUCUCCCCCCUGACAUUUGAAGCAAUUUAAGUGAAUUGUACGUGCAAAUAAGACGCCCUUAUGAUUAUCAUUCAUAAUAAAGGGUUUAGCAGAGUUUCUGAUCUUCAUCUUUUGAAAACGUUUUCACAUAGAAGUAAAUAAGGUCUGUUUUUGUGUCUGUUUUGUUCCUAAAUAACAUUUUAUAUCCAGCCCACUUUAAUCUAAGCUUGGAUUUGGCCUUCCGGAACCCAAACUUGAUUUGAUUCAAGCU